CGGCCCCGGCGGGGAGGGGGCGGGGUCUCGGGUUGGGGGAGGAGAGACGAAGAGGCCCGGUGGGGGCCAUUCCCCUGCUCGGCCGGUCCGGGGACGGCACCGUGACCCUUGACCUCUGACCCCGCGCGCCCCCCGCCAUGGGGUCUCGGGCCUCCACCCUGCUGCGCGACGAGGAGCUGGAGGAGAUCAAAAAGGAGACCGGCUUUUCCCACAGUCAGAUCACCCGCCUGUACAGCCGAUUCACCAGCCUGGACAAAGGAGAGAAUGGGACGCUCAGCCGGGAAGACUUUCAGCGCAUCCCAGAACUCGCCAUCAACCCUCUCGGAGACCGGAUCAUCAACGCCUUCUUCCCAGAGGGAGAGGACCAGGUCAACUUUCGGGGGUUCAUGAGGACGCUGGCUCACUUCCGGCCCAUCGAGGAUAACGAAAAGAGCAAAGACGUCAACGGCCCAGAGCCGCUGAACAGCCGGAGCAACAAGCUGCACUUCGCCUUUCGACUCUACGACUUGGAUAAAGACGACAAGAUCUCCCGUGACGAAUUGCUGCAGGUGCUGCGCAUGAUGGUGGGCGUGAACAUCUCUGACGAGCAGCUGGGCAGCAUCGCCGACAGGACCAUCCAGGAAGCCGACCAGGACGGAGACAGCGCCAUCUCCUUCACGGAGUUCGUCAAGGUGCUGGAGAAGGUGGACGUGGAGCAGAAAAUGAGCAUUCGGUUCCUUCACUGAUGGACGAGGCCCCACCCUCUCCCUUCCUCUCUAGUAUUUAAGAAGUGGAACGUCAGUCUUCCCCACUGCCAUGGUCCCCCCACCCCAGCGCCCCCGCUGCUCCCGCAUGACCCACGCUACCCCCUCUCCACCCCGGCCCGGGGCUGGAGGAUGCGGGGAGAUGGCACCUCCCCCCUCCCCGCUUUGCCGGUCCCCUGCAACUCUGCCGCGGGGCGGGAGCUGUGAGCCGGCCGUGGCUCAGUCAGGCUUCCCCCCCCGCCGGGGCUCGGGUCGCCGCCCGCCCCCGUCGUGCCCGCCUCCCGCAGCUGCCGCUUGAUUUCAAGUCUCGUGCGCCCCGCGGCCGGCCUCGCCGCCCGUUAGACCCUCACGUCUGGUCUGCCCUGGCUCUCGUGUCCAGUGAGGUCACGUGGCACGCCCUCAGCCCCCGGCCGCCCGUCGAGCUCUGGGAAUCGGAGAAGCAGCUCCCGGCGGGGAAACCGACAUCCCCGGAUCCCCGGCCUGCGGAGGUCCAGGGAUGGGCAUCCCAACACUCCCGGGGUCACCCCAGUUCUCCCCACCUCCCAUCUCCCGGCUCUUUACGGGUGGGAGGCCUCUAAUUGGGACGGGGAGGAGGGCGGAGGGCCCCCGUCUGGCUUCAAGGCAGAGGGGAAGGCCGCGCGCCUGUGCCGGCCCCAGAAAAUGGGGAAGCCCGAUCGUCGGCAGGGGCCCCGAGGAAGUCCUGAGAGAGGAAGUCCUGACUCGCUCCGGUCCGAGAGAUUUCAAGUCGGCCCCGCGUGUCUUGGAGAGAUGCUGCCCCGCCGCCCACCGUAAGGGGCCGAGGAGUGCCCGGGAGCGGCGGCCCGGGGGACGAGGAGGCAGGAGGCCGGUGGGUCGACCGGAACGGUUUCUCCUCCGCCGGCCGCCCGGGUUCGUUUCCGGACGAGUCCGGCACUGUCUGGCCCUGCCCCCCAGAAAGGGCCGUUUCCCCCCCCCCCCCGGCCCUCCUUGCGCUUGCCCUCGGUGGGAGGAGGAGAGGCGACACGUAAAGAUGCCCGGGGCGCUUGGGCAGGGAACGCUGCCCAGCGCCAAGCAGUGCCAAGCCCCGCGUCCUCAACUUUCCUCGUCUUGUUUUGUAAAACGUGUCGGGGCGGGAAGCGGGGAGGGCCCAGAUCAGGAUGGGGAGGUUCGGGCGGGUGGAAUCGGCGCACUGGCGUAAUGGAGGUAUUGUAUUCGAGGGAGGGAUGGUCAGGCACCCAUCUAGGAUUGAGAAGGACGGUGAACUUUGAGGCUACGUGACCCGCUUAAUUUUUGGUGGUUUUUUUUUUUUUUUUGGAUAAAAAUGUGCUUCUCCCCCCUCUCCCGCCCCCGGCUGUGUAGCAAACCGUUUCGAUCCACGGUGGUGCCUUACUCUUCCGUUGAAGCUGUUCUCUUCGUCCAUCAAUAAAUACGUCAGUGUUUAAAAACCA